UACAAAAAAUCAAAAGUUUCUUUCAAAUAAUACGUAAUUUCAAAAAAAAAAAAAGAAAAAUGUAGUUUUUAAAAUACUAAGCUGGUUAAGAGAAAAUUUUUCUUAACUCUAAAGUACAUAUUUCGAUAAUGCACUCGCCUUGCACUACUGCCAGAUAUAUUGCUAAAAAAAAAGCUUCCAUUCGAUCUUGCAUUUUAAAUGAAAAUAAGAAACAAUUACUUGUUGAUCCGAUUGCAUAUAUUGUUGGAAACGAACUCACAAUAAACGUAAGUGGCGCUAAAUUUCGUUUACACGAAAGUUACAUGAAACAACAUCCAGAAACGUUACUAGGGAGUGACGAGCGUCUUUUUUACUUUGAUGAAGAAGAAAACGAAUUUUUUUUUGAUAGAGAUCCGCAUAUAUUUAGAUUUAUAUACAAAUUUUACAAAACAGGCGAGCUUCACUUUUCACCUAACGACUGUUACGAAGCAUUUACGGAUGAGCUUCUUUUUUUCCGCAUUCCAACUACAGAGUUGGCUUUUUGCUGUGGUGAUUAUUACUUUCAAUACAAAAGUGUUCAGAAAAAAGACGAAGUAAACAAAAUCGAUACAAAUCAAAACAAGCCAAAAACGUUUCGCGAAAAGUGUUGGUUAUUUUGUGAAGUUCCAACUUACUCUCUACCAGCAAAAGCAUUUUAUAUAGUAAGUUGCUUAGUCAUCAUUUUUACUAUGAUUACCAUGUCAGCUGAAACAGUUCAAUGCGAGAAAAUGCUGAAUAAUACCGUUGUGCAAGAUAAAUGUGGUGCUGUUUUUACACAAUUAUUUUUUAAGUUGGACAGUUUUUGCGUUAGUUUUUUUAUAUUAGAAUACCUAUUAAGAGUUUACUCUGCACCAAAUCGACUAUCAUACAUAAAAAGUCCUAUCUCGUUUAUCGAUGUAUUAGCAAUUGCUCCUUUUUUUAUUUUGCUUGUACAAAGUUAUAUAAACAUUAAAAAUAAAACAGCAAACAAUAUUCUUGCUGCGCUUCCAUCAAUACGCAUUGUCCGAGUGUUUAAACUUGCACGAUACUCGCAGCAACUUAGACAACUAAUAGCAGCUUUAGUGCACUCGAUUAAAGAACUUGGAUUUAUUGUGUUUGUUUAUUGCGUUGUAGUAGUGUUGUUUGCUACAAUUAUUUACUAUGCUGAAAACUUUCGUCGACAGAGUAAAGUAUUUUAUAGCAUCCCAGAAGCUAUGUGGUUUACCGUUGUAACUACAACUACACUGGGAUACGGUGACGUUGUACCGGAGACUAUACAAGGACGAUUAAUAGGCGCUUUAUGCUGCCUUAUGGGUGUUUUGGUUAUUGCAUUACCUGUACCGAUAAUACAAAUGAAGGCAAACAGUAUAGACGAAGAAUCUGAGUGAGCGAGAUAAACCUCGUUAGGUUUCAGCAAGAAUCACAUAAUUUUUUGCUUUAUUGAAUCAACAAGACCAGAACUAGCAAAUAUGACACACCAAAGUCCGCCUAAGUUGCCAGCUAUAGCACCGACAGUGCAUGUAAUAGGCCAAGUCUAUAUACAAAAAAAGACAAAAAAAAGUUGAAGUUAAACUGUAUCAACUUACUGAUACUACAUCUUAUGGUAUUAUAGAUUUUUAACUGAUAUUAUUUUUAUGCGUGACUUACUGCAGAUGCAAAUAUCUCAAAAAUAUUUCAAUCACCUGCCAAUCGCGAUCCCAAUCCAAGGGUAUUGGAAAUGCUCCAAGCCAUCCACCAAUUAUUGUUGAACAAGAUAUGAACUUCAGUGAAUCUGCCAAGCAGCUUUUUAUAUCUCUAAAAAGAAAUAAAAAUAUUUUUAUAUGA